CACGUGUGCUUCAUAAUUAGAUGCUAUGGCUGUUACAGUUGCCCGCAGUGUUGAGAAAGCUAAAGAAGCCCCAUCGGGACCGGCUACGCAGCUGGGGGAGCCCACACCAGAUGCAGACGCGCGCUUCGCUCAGAAAUCGGGAAGAAUUUCAAGCCUGGGACAGCAGAGCAGUGAUCGACCGCGGGGGCCCUCGGGCCACCGCCAGGGCUGCGCGCCUGCGAAGCUGGCCCUGGAGCUGGAAGCAGAAGCGUUCCCACGCAGAGACGCGCCGCCAGUUCCCGGAGCAGCAGCCUCGCUCUCCGCGGUCAGGUCUGCAGCGCGCUGCCCCGGGCUCCGAGCCAGGAUGAGCCGCCGUGCCGCAUCCGGCCGCCCCAGGCGCCUGGACCGCACCAGCGGUGCCCCGUCGCCCGCGCCCGAGGAAAUUUACGAUCAUCUUUUGGAAGCCCCAGUCACGCGGGAGCAAUUAAACCACUAUCGGAAUGUGGCUGAAAACGCCCGAAGUGAUCUUGCAGCAACUCUGGUCAAAUUUGAAUGUGCUCAGUCGGAGCUUCGAGAACUCCAAUCCAAAAUGCUUGCUAAAGAAGUUUCCUGUCAAGAAUUGAAAGCUGAAAUGGAGAAGUACAAAGAGAACAAUGCCAGAAAAUCAUCUCUUCUCACGUCUUUGAGAGACAGAGUUCAGGAGCUGGAGGAAGAAUCAGCAAUGCUUUCCACGUCUAAAAUGAGGAAAGAAAUCACAGCUCACACUGCAAUCAAGGAGAACCAGGAGUUAAAGAAGAAGGUUGUAGAACUAGAUGAGAAAUUACAAAAGUGUUUCAAAGAAAAUGAGGAGACCAGGAAUCAAGUCUCAAAGAACUGCAGAGAACAUGAGGAAUUUCUAGCUCAACUUCGUGACUGUUUAGGUCCAGACGAGAAGAAUGAAGAGAUGUCAGAUACAGAUUUAAUUCCCAAGCUCAGGGAGCUGUGCAAGGAAAAUGCCCUCGGGAAAGGGCGAAUUGCCGCUCUCGAAGAGACCGUGAACGUCCAUGAGGUGGAGGCAAAAGCCAACCGAGAAACGAUCAUGAGGCUGGUUUCCGAAGUAAACAGAGAGCAGGAAAACUCCGCCUCCUGCGCUGAAGAGAAGGACAAGCUGAACCAGGACUUGCUCAGUGCCAUAGAGGCAAAAGAAGCCCUGGAAAGGGAAGUUAAAAUCUUCCGAGAGAGGCUGCUUGCUGGCCAGCGGGCCUGGGAUGCCUCGAAGCAGGAGCUGAGCCUCUUGAAGACAAGCUCUCUCGAGUUGGAGAAAAGUUGGAAGGCCAGUCUGGAGGCAGCCUCAGCCUCCCAAAGCCAGUACACCUCGUUUAGGGAGAGAAUUGCAGCAGCCCUCCUUAGGGGCUGCGGGGGCACCACUGGGUCCACGGAGGAGGCCAUUUUGGAGAAGAUUCAAGAAAUGGGCAGCAAGGAAGAAAGCCAGAAAAGGAUGGUUUCCCAGCUUGAAGCCCAAGUAUCUGAGCUUGUUGAACAGUUGGAAGAGGAGUCUGGGUUUCACCAGAAAGCCCUGCAGAGAGCCCAGAAAGCAGAACGCGAGUUGGAGACCCUUCAGGGUCAGCUGACACACCUGGAGGGGGAGCUGGUGUCUGGAGAUGUUUUGCGAGACAACUUGAAUUUUGAGAAACAAAAAUAUCUUAAAUUUCUGGAUCAGCUCUCACAGAAAAUGAAAUUGAACCAGAUGGCUGCUGAACUCGGCUUUGACAUGCGUCUGGAUGUAGUUUUAGCUCGCACGGAACAGCUGGUACGCCUUGAGAGCAACGCUGUCAUUGAAAACAAGACCAUGGCCUACAAUUUACAGAGAAAGCUCAAGACUCAGAAGGAAAGACUGGAGAGCAACAAACUGCACGUGAACCUCCUGCGGCAGAAGAUAGCCCAGCUGGAGCAGGAGAAGCGGGGGCGGACAGCCCUGGCUGCAGAGAGGGAGGAGGCCGCUGUCACCAUCCAGAGGUUGCAGAAGAAGGUGGAGAGGCUGCAGAAGGAGCUGAGCGUGUGUCGAGAAUCGAACAUUGAGCUCAAAGCCAAACUGGCUGACACCAAUGAGCUGAAGAUUGAAACUUUGGAACAGACCAAGGCCAUCGAAGACCUAAAUAAAUCCAGAGACAAACUGGAGAAGAUGAAGGCGGAAGCUGAGAAAAAGCUGUUGUCGGUCCAGUCAGAACUGCAUGCGGCAGAGCGUGCAGCCAAGGAGGACAAAGAGAGGGCCAGCAACGUGAUGGAGGUGGUAACCAGGGAGGUGAGGACCCUGAACAAGUCUCUGGAAGAAGCAGAGAAGAGAGAAAAGCAGCUGGUGGACUUUAGGGAGGUGGUUUCCCAGAUGCUGGGCUUGAACAUGACCAGCCUUGCUCUUCCUGACUAUGAAAUCAUCAAAUGUCUUGAAAGACUGAUCCAUUCCCACCAGCAUCACUUUGUCACCUGUGCCUGCUUCAAAGAUGUGACCACCAGGCAAGAUAGACACCUGCAAGGCCACUUAAAACUUCUUCACUGAACACAGUAUCUCUUAAAGGAUAUGGAGUUAAGAGAUGGGACCCGACACUCGAGUUAACAAACCCUCCAAACCUUUGCAAUUUGAUCAGCAGGUGAAUGUUGUGCACUUUGAUAAUAGAGCGAGACUCCAUCAUCGGCAACAAAGAAUCUCAAAGGUAGAUACAUGUUCGGUACGAGACAUACCCGUUACUUCAUUUGCUGGCACUUUGGGACCCAGAAGAAUCCCACUAGAUCGCGUAUCUGAAAUGGGAGAUGUUGGGGGGGCGCUUAACAUUUAUGGGCUAUCUGUUGUGAGCCAGGGGCUCUACUACCCAAUUUAAUUCUCGUAAUGACCACGUGGAGAAGCUUUAAUGAUUUUACUUUGCAACCUCUCUGAGGCUUGGAGAGAGGGUGCAGUUGGUCGGUGACAGACCAGGAUACACACCGUGCUGACUCUGUAUCAAAGGCCAUGUCUUCCCUGCUACUCCACCAUCCUUGGUUUCUCCUGCGUCUUGUGUUGCGGGUGAAAAUUGCUCGCAUAAAGGAAGGAAGAUAUCCGUACAGCCAAGAAUCGAAGGCCAAAAGUAACUGAGAUUUCUGAGUGUAACCUGUAUGAAUUUUUUAAAAAGCAGCACACCUAAUUAUUCGGAUUAACACGCAUGGUCUAAGGUCCUAUAAGAAACGGACCCUUUUCAAAUGUUGCUGCCAGAUUGCGUUGGGUGGUAACUUCUAAUGUCUGACCGAGGCUGAUGCCAGCUCUAUAGAAAUGGAGCCGCUAACAUGAAAUCUCUAAGACGAAGACAGCCCAUGCACCUCUGUUCACCAAUAUAUCAAAUGCACUCACAGCGAGGGUACUGUUUCAAAAAUCAGGGUUUUAUUAUGACUUUCUCUCACUUUCUGCCUUCCUCGUAAAAUUCUAUUUCACAGGUAUUUUUCAGGAAGUCCUAUUUUUAACUUCCAAGGGAAAAUUGUGUUCUUUUGGGCGAUUCUCUUAUUUCUGCUGUAGGAAAUUAUUUUUCAGUCCCUGAAAAAAGUAUUGGUGUCUAAUUAAAGGAGAGGGGAUCUAGAUUACAAUGAAACAGAAGAAAAUGAAAACUCUAGAAGAGAGGACAUGAGUUUGACACUUGCAGGUUGAGCGAUCGGCCACACACAGGGAGAGUGACCAAGGAUGGCCACGGCGGUGGGUCACCUCUGCCUGGCUUCUCCUUCCUGAGCAAGGACAGGGUGAAGGAGCGUUUCACAACUGAGUGGACCCUCCCACCUGGCCCUGACUGGGGCAGGAACUAGGUCUGCCACUUGCAGGAGGGGCAGCCUUGGAUUUUCCCUGGGGGAAGCCCUGCAGGCUCUGGAGGUUCCCUCGCCACCUCCAAAUGCAGUGGCUGCUGCUGCAGACCCACACUCGGCCGGAGUGGAGGGGGUGGCUUCACCUUUGCAUCCCGGGAGGGAGCGGUUGCUGAGAGGCUCUGCUCAGCCCAGGCCAUUGAAAGCAGUCACGGGGGGGGGGGGGGACAUAUGUCGGGGGGAGGAUUGUUUCUGUACAUUCUCUAAACACAGGCUUUAAUACCUUUUUAUUUUCUCUGUAAGUUUACUUUUCACAUUAUUUGAAAAUACAUUUAGCAGCAUCACUUUAAAGACAUAAGCUGUUAUGUUAUUUUUCCAUUUUGGUUUAUCAUUACUUAUAUUUCUACAUUUUUACAAGAAUAAAAGUGGCCCAUAAUUAUUAGUUCUGUGCUUUCUCUUUAUUAUACGAAAUUACAUUCCAUUUAUCUGAAUACAAGUUUAUGUAAUAUUCCUAAUAUAUGACUCACACAUAUAGGCAGUCAUGUUUAACACAUAUAGACAUAUUAAAAAUUAUUGAAUGUAAUCCUCAGCAAUUCCCAGUAGGAAAAGUAUAUGGGCUAAGGAAAAGAAAUUGUGUCCAUGUAUAUAAUCCAUAUGCACAUCAAUCAUUUGUCCUUUGGACACAGUGAAAAUUCCUUUAAUAAAGCCAUUUCUGUCCUUGUUAAAUCGCCCGUUGGUUGUUGGCUUCGUCUCUGCAUUCGUUCCAGAGCUGGCAGGUCAGCUCCAUGUUUCUGUGUCAGGUUUCAUU